AUGUCGAACAAUGCUACUACAUAUGUGGUAUCGCCAGCGCCGUUGAAAACAACCUCAACAUCAUCUAAAACCACCUUCCACUUCGUUGCCGGUCUCUGUUCCGGCCUUACCUCCUCCAUCCUUCUCCAACCGGCAGACCUCCUCAAGACCCGUGUACAACAGUCCCAUAAAAGUGCUUCGCUAUUACCUACAUUAAAGACGAUCCUCUCCUCUCCUCAUCCCAUCCGCAGUCUAUGGCGCGGCACACUUCCCUCGGCUCUCCGAACGGGCUUCGGCUCCGCCCUCUACUUCACAAGUUUGAAUGCUCUGCGGCAAGGCAUAGCACAAACCAGAACUCCCCUCGCCAUCGCCAGCGCAAGCAGUGACGGCAAAGCCCGCACCUCGUCAUCCGCCCUGCCCAAACUCUCCAACUGGGCCAACCUGGCCACCGGUGCCAUCGCCCGAGUAGCCGCAGGUUUCGUGAUGAUGCCGGUGACUGUGCUCAAAGUGCGGUACGAAUCGGACUACUACGCCUAUCGCAGUCUUGUCGGCGCCGGACGUGACAUCGUCCGCACCGAAGGCGUCCGCGGGCUGUUCUCGGGCUUCGGGGCCACGGCUGCCCGAGACGCGCCCUACGCGGGCCUCUAUGUCCUCUUCUACGAGCAGCUGAAGCGGCGUCUGGCCUCCGUUGCGAGCUCGGAGUAUUCUGAACAACCGCUGAAAACGUCAUCCUCCUCUUCCAUCAACUUCGUGUCUGGUGGACUGGCUGCUGGCCUUGCCACGGCGAUUACUAAUCCCUUCGAUGCAGUCAAGACUCGCCUGCAGCUCAUGCCUGGCAAGUACGGGAAUAUGAUGCGGGCCGUUCGCCUGAUGAUACACGAGGAUGGUGUGCGCAGCCUGUUUGGCGGCCUGGGACUGCGCAUCACCAGAAAGGCGCUGAGCUCGGCACUUGCUUGGACCGUCUAUGAGGAAUUGAUUCUUCGUGCUGAGGGCCACUGGGCUGAGCAAGGCAAAAUCAAUUUAUGA